GGGAUAGAUCCAGCCACAUCUUUACUCUUGAUGAUUGGUUUGAGACACAGAGAAGGGAGGGAUAUCUGCCAGUGUUUCUUUUGAGAGAGAGAGCAUGAUUGGUUUGAGCCGCAGAAAAGGGUGGGACAUUUGCCAGUGUUUCUGAGAGAGAGAGCGAGAGAGAGAGGGGGAAAGAGAAAGAGAGAGAGUGGGUGGGACGGAGCUUUACUGGGUGUAAGAAAGAGACGGUUAAUAAAGGAGGAUAAAUCAUCACCAAGAGAAGGAGGUGGCAGAAGGUUCUCCCGAGCCUCGGUAUGCCUGCCUACCUCAUUUUCACUCGAAACAUUGUUGCUGCUCUUGAUCAAAAAGACAACUGAGGUGUGGAGGUGUUUGUGUCUGUGUGUGCAGGCAUUUUUAACAUUUGUCACCUCGUACACCGCUUUCCUCCCAGCAGUUGGCUGUGAUACUGUGGCAAAGGACUACACGGAAACUCGGAAGGGGGGAAAAGCCGGCAGACAUGGAAGUGUGCUGGAAAUAAGGUAAACAAGGAGCAAGAAACGAAGAAAAGAACAAGAAUCGGGAAAAGCUGGACUUUGCCUCCUUGAUGACUGCUUUUUGUACUCGGCACGCUGCAUAUUUUUACUGAAAGCUUGGAUUGUGAUUCUCUGGACGACCAAAAUAUAAGAGGGACCCCUCAUUCAAGUCUCUACUGCAGGAGAUGUUGAAGCCAUUUCUGGCUUUAUGGGCACGCAAGCCUAAAGCCUAAACCAGACUGGAUUUUGUUCUUCAGCAAAGGCAUUUUUUUUUGCCUCACGCUAGGGUUAAGCAGAAAGCUGUUGACGCGUUCUGUGUUCAUUUGCUUGUGAUUUAAAAAAACAAACAAAAAUAACACUGCUAAUAAAGGGCUUCAUAAGCUUCCCAUCCCACCUGCAUUUGAAAUGAAGUGGGAGGUGAACUACGGAAUUGAAACAUGGAGCCUUUGGUUUAAACUGAAACCAUGCAGUUAGUUUCAAAGCCAGGAAACUACCUGCAAAAAUAAUUAGUUUGACCUUACUGUUAAACGGCCCAACGAGACAUUAUCCUGAUGAUGAAUUCCUCUCUGGAUCCACUGAACCAGAACUCUGCUGACCUGUCGAACUUCUCUGCUCCCUUUUGCCUGCUUGAGAUUAGCUAUUCGAAAAUCUUCACCACCUGUCUGCUUGAAGUCUCCAUUAUCCUUCUCCUCACUGUUCUAAUUAUUUCAGGUAACCUGGUGGUGAUUUUUGUUUUUCACUGUGCCCCUUUGCUUAGCCAGCACACCACCAGUGCCUUCAUCCAGACUAUGGCGUAUGCUGAUUUGCUUGUUGGUGUCAGUUGCCUCUUCCCUUCCUUGUCCUUACUUCAUCACCUCCAAGGACUUGACCCCAAACUCACCUGCCAGAUUUUUGGGUACAUGGUGUGCGUUUUAAAGUCCGUCUCAAUGGUGUCAUUAGCAUGUGUGAGCGUGGACCGCUACAUCGCCAUCACACAACCUCUGACCUACGGAGCCCUGGUAACACCAUGUCGAGUGCGCUGCUGCAUCGUUCUGAUAUGGUUGUACUCUGCACUGGUGUUUUUGCCAUCAUUCCUUGGGUGGGGAAAGCCUGGUUACCACGGUGAUGUGGUGGAGUGGUGUGCAGUCAAGUGGAGGACCCAGCCAGCCUUCACAACCUUCAUUGUCAUGCUUCUCUAUGCCCCUGCCGCCCUCACAGUCUGCUUCACUUACGCCAACAUCUUCAAGAUCUGCCGACAGCAUACACGGGAGAUCAGCGAACGCCACGCGCGUUACCGACCCCAACCGCAGCAAGACCCAGGUUUGACAGCUGGAUCUCUCGUCAAGGACAGCAGUGAGUUAGACCAAAGUCAUUCGUCCAGCUUAUUCAAACCUCAGAAACCCCAACAUCAACAAUUGCAGUAUCAACAACCAUCUUCCACAUACCCGGACAAACGGUAUGCCAUGGUACUGUUCCGCAUUACUAGUGUUUUCUACAUCCUCUGGUUGCCCUACAUCAUAUACUUUCUCUUGGAGAGUGGUGGAAUCUACCACCACACUGCAGCAUCUUUCCUCACUACUUGGCUGGCCAUCAGCAACAGCUUUUGUAACUGUCUCAUAUACAGUCUCUCCAACUCUGCCUUCAGGAAGGGCCUCAAGCGCCUCUGCUCCUAUUGUUUACGACGCAGCAGCAGCGGGUUUGGGGUAAGGAAACCCAAAAAGGCAUUCAUCGGUUCGAUUGAACAGGGAUAUACCGGGACAGGGUAUGGAUCUGGCCACGGAGACAUAGGAAUUGGCACAACUUGCCAUGUGUAGUGCCUGCACUGGGGACAGCCUUGUGCCAUAUUUGGCAUCUGAACUGCUCUGAAAAAGUGUUUCUGCAAGUUCAAACGUUUCCACGAAGAGAUGGAAGGUGGCGUCAUUAUGCUACUGCUGUUUCCAUCACAUUUGGAGGUUAUACAGAUGUCCUCACUGGACACGCCACAGCUGGCAGUGGGAGGAGUCGGGAGUAAAGCACUGAAGGAUAAAAUUUCCUAAAAAGACCCAAAAGGUGUAAUUCAUUCAUUAGAAGGACAGUAUUGAAAGAUAGAAGGGUUUUUAGAGGAGCAGGGUUGGCUUUUUUUGUUUGGAAAAAUACAUUUUUGCAAAGCCAACAAAAUGUAAGGGUUGAGUAUUGUUAUCCAGGAAAAAAUGUGAAUGAAAACAAAGCGUUAUAUAGGGGUGAGCUGAGCUGUUAAUGUGCGAAGUACUUUGAAGUCUUCCUGAGCCCUCUAUGUACUUAGGAUAAAACUUUUACGUUUAUAUUGCUUUUAAUUAAAAUCAGUGACUAUGUGUAAUUGUGUUUUCAUCAGUGAACAGUGUAGCAAGCAAUGUAGAGGUAGAACCUAUCUUGUAUCCAUUUUCUAUUGUUUUUGUGCAAGACAUUCAAUCUUAAUGAAAAUUCCAUUUUAUGAUGGAGUGGCGUUGACUGUUAGGAAACAAAACAAUUCCUUUCUUCUUCUUGUUGCAUAUUAUGCAGUCGUCCCCACAAUUUUCUCUGCUGUCUGGUAGUUUCAUUGCAUGUCCGGCGUGUUACUAAAUGUAAGCAUAAAUUAUUGAGCAAAAUCAAGAGAGAAUGUUUUCGCACUAUCUGUACGCUGAUAAUUGGUACAUCAUUUAAUAAACUGGUACAUAUUUCACAAGAGGACAGUGGUCUAAUGACAAACUGAGCAUUUUGUGGCAGCUGAAACUUCACAUCCCUUAUAUAAAGAACUGCCUUGUUCCAUAGAGUGCAGUUUUAGUUAGAUGCAGUAUUGUGAUCAUUGUAAUGUACCUGUGGAUUUGCACAAAAACAUUGACCAACACAGGAAAACACAAAAACAAAACUAAGAGGCCAUUCUCUCUGGUUACAAUGUUCUUCUGAAAGGAGAGUGACACGUGAUACUUGCAUGUAUCUGUAUUCAUGCAUGUAUUUUUCCAUCAUUUCUUCAUCUGUACUUCUCUUCCUGGAACUUCAAUUUCAGCAAGAUGAAGAGAUCCAUUGUAUGAGUACAAAACAUGGAAGUAGAUAACAUAGCUUCAUAUACCUUAGGUUAUGUACCAAAGAGAUUUUUUUUUUUUUGGGAGGGGGUGUUUGAUUUUCAAACUGUUAUCCUGUAUGCGGACUAAUUCUAGAGGGGAUUCUGCACAUUUGGCGUAGACUGUCAUGACUGUGAAGCAAAGCUUGAUGUAAUUCAUUGCUGCCUUGAAAUACAUAUUAAAGUGGGAAUGUGUUACCACCCUACCUUUUAGAGAGGGCUCCGUUUUGUAGACAUCUGACUGUUAGACUGAAUAAACGGGCUGUCAGUUUUAUCUGUGCCAGAGGUGGAAAGUAGCCAGCUCAUAGAGCUCACAUUCAGUGAGGUAUAACUUGUCCGUUUCAUUUUUAUACAGUGACUGUUUGUUCUUAUAACACCUUACACGUUGUACUCUCAUGUUUUCAUUUCAUUGUUUGUUAGCACACGUGCUAGUGUCAGCGACUCAUUCCGGGUAUAUUAAAACAUGACCGAUGGCUGGACAAGACUGUUAAUUAAAGCAAGGGUGCUAACAUGGUUAUCACCUUCCAUUGCUCAACUAACUCACAUUUGAGAAUAUUUAAAGGUUGGUUUUUUUUCGGUGGGUGUACUGUUUUGUAAUUAUGCACAAUUAUGAUAGAUUUAUGUUGUCUUACAAAAUGCUGUUAUUUGUGAAGCAGUGCCAAAUAUGAUAUAUGAAAUGUUAUUACCUUCUACUGUCAAGUCGUCAGUGUAAAGAAAUGCCAUUUUGAAUGUUUGUGUCUAUUCCAUUGUAAAGACAUUGAGUAAAUGAGGCAGAACUCAACUGCAGUUGUAUUUAUUGUGAAAGUGCAACAAGGCGUUACUACUGUUAUGUAUGUUUUUUUUUUUUUAAGCUUGAAGAGAAAAUAUCAGAUUCUAAUGUACAGAGGUGAUCAGAAUUUAUUGAAAAAGUUCGAGGUCAGAUGACGGGUAUUGCUGCUGCCAAAAAAAUGUAUAUGCACUACUUUCUGGCUUGUUUGUUGGUUCAGGGAGCAAGCGGAGUAUACAUUCUCAUCUUCUGCAUACAGCAUGGCUCCUUGUAAACAAAAUAUUUUGACAGAGUUCAUGAUUCUGUUAUUACAUCUUAAGAGACUUAGGACUGAAUUGCAUUGGCCAUUAAACACUUAAACAGGUUGUGCAACCUUUAAUCAAUUAACACACAUGCAGAACAAAAGACAAACAUUUUCUUAUGCCUCUUCUGAUUUGUGUUUGGUUUUCUUUGUGCUUAUUUUAGCAUCUAAAUAGGACACACCAGUACAGACCUAAUUGCACACUCAUGCCCCAGCUUUAGUGAGCAGCUGACUUUUACAUGUCUUACCACUAUAAAGUCACUGUCAAAUCCAGAAUGAUUGGAAAACAAACAGAUAAACAAAAAACACUUCAUAGAUUGAGAAUGUGGAGGAGAAAUCUCUUAAAUGUGUGAGACCCUGUGACCAAUAUCAGAAGAUUUCAUGAUGCUCUGGUAGGUAGCAAACCUACAUGUACUGUAAAUUGUAUUGUAACUUUGUCCAUGUG